AUGAAUGACGGUACACUCGUCAUUCGUGGAGAGAAGGUUCCAUCGCAAAAUGUAGGCGGUGUUGGUUUUGUUGUUCACCCAUCUGUCGUGCAUCUGGUCGACUUUCACGAGAUCCUGUCACCUCGUCUUGCCAGUCUUCGCCUCCGCCCUCUGCGCCAAAAACCCAUCAGUAUCACCAACUGCUACUCACCAACAUCAGCAGCUGAUGAAUCCGAAUUGGACGCGUUUUACGAGGAGUUGGAGGAAGUAAUCCGCAACGAGAAAUUCUUCUACAAAUUCGUUGUCGGAGACUUCAACGCAGAACUAAGAAAGGCCACAGAAGAGGAAUACAGGAUUGGAACAUUUGGACUAGGGGACCGGAAUGAGAAUGGCAAUCGUCCCGCCGGGCUGUUGUCCGCCGCUCGCCCUUUUUAUGGGAACUCUCUUUUCAUGAAGAAAGAUAAUCGUCGGUGGACAUGGGAAUGCUCCAAUGGCGUUACUAGUGCGGAGAUCGACCACGUACUCACCAACCGGAGGUGGUGUCUACUUGACGCCUCAGUAGUACAAUCCUUUUGUAGUGGUUCUGAUCAACGUCUCCUUCGUGCGAAAAUACGACUUAGCCACACGAUUGAAAAGAACAUCUGCUAUCGGCAACGAAGGAGAAAAAAGGUCUACGACGAUUGCAUACUCGAGGACUCUUUGAAUUGA